AUACUGCGAAGCUUAUAAAAACAAAAUACGUUUUACAGCUGACAAAAACUGUCACCGUCAAUUGAGUAGAUGAUGUAGGCAAUCCAUUAUACAGAAUAGGGUAUUGCUGGUUGCCGAUGCAUACCACUAAAAUAAGUUCUACUCACGCAAGAAUAUUGGAUUUCCCGUUUCAUUAUAAUCGUUUAUCGAUUAAAAUCACCUUAAUACUUAUCAGCGUAUCAUUAGAAAUAGCUCCGACUUAUUUUUGAUCAUUCAGUUAAUUUACUGAAGCCGUAAUGAAAAACAUGAGUUACUAGGUUCUUUUCUACUGUGCCUAUCAAUUUUGAGAAUUCUCAUCAGGCAUUAGAGGUCAUCAUUUAAUUAGUGCUGAACUGGCAAAAUGUUAACAAUAACAUUAGCCAUAUUUUCCUGCAUAAUCUCCAUAGACGCGCAAACUUCAAAAUUUGCACCAUAUCCCAUAUAUGAGGAAGUAUAUUAUCCAAGUUUCAACUUUUCUGAUGCAUUUGACUGGAGCCUUUUUAAGACUUAUGCAUUCGCAAAUCAUAGCAACAUAUUAGUUUCUCCCAUCAGUCUGAAAACAGUAUUAGCUCUGUUAUAUCAAGGUACCGGGUCUGGUACGCAAAGAGAAUUCGAGCAGGUUCUGCAUUUUUCGAAUAAAGAUUCCGUACGGGAAUUGUAUAGAGGGAUGCUAGAUUCUUUACAGAAUCCAGAUCUAAGAAGACAACAGACACUUGUAGUGACCACGUCUAUUUUCCUAGAUCAACAUUUCAAAAUAAAACCCUCGUACGACAAUAUUGCGAGAAGAUACUUUAAAACUGAUUUGAUAACAGCAAACUUCUCUAACCAACAAGAGACAAGUAGGCUUAUCAACAAUUGGGUCGAUUUUUAUACAAAUAAGCGAAUACGAAAGAUAGUAGACGCAGAUGAUCUCAAAAAUAGCUUAAUGUUCAUAGCGAACAUCAUCUUUUUCAAAGGGGCAUGGUUACAUCCAUUCCCAAGAAACAAGACUUAUUUAGGAACAUUUUAUCAUUCAAAUAGUUAUAAUAACGUAGGAGAUAUCAAGCAGUUACGAGUACCAUUCAUGAGAACUAAAAAUGUUUUCUAUCAUGGAUGGUCUAAAGAACUCGACUGUCAGAUACUGAGGUUGCCAUACAAGGAUGGACUCUAUUCGAUGUUUGUACUGUUACCAAACACGCUUGGAGGCUUAUCUCAAUUGAUAAGGUCCCUCACCCUGAGCAGUGUGAGUCAGUUGAGAUACACUUUAGAAAAGAAAGUAGUCGACGUUAGCUUACCGAAGUUCAAAGUGAAGUUUAAAACUGGGCUGGCACAAAUACUUAAAGAUUAUGGUCUUAAAGAAAUGUUCGGAAAUACCGCUAAUUUUAGCGGUAUUAGUGGAGAUCACAUUUCAGGGACACAACUAUUAGUAUCUGAUAUUGUACAAACUUCUGGUAUAGAAGUUGAUGAAGAAGGAACUGUGGCUUAUACUGUAACAGACGUGAGUAUUGGGAAUAAAUUCGGAGAAAGCGUGGAAAGAUUCAAUGCUACGCAUCCGUUUAUGUUUUUCAUCGAGGGACCUAGUGGGACUGUACUAUUUAUUGGUAAAUUGGACGAUCCUAUGCCAGAAGUCCUCCCUUUGAGUACCCACCAAGCCUACUUUGAUGCUGCUGAAGCUGAAGUAUCUCCGAAUCGAAUAUCGCCAUUUCCUUUAAGAUCCAAUGUACUAUCCAAGCACAAUUUUUCGGUACUACCAACUGAAGUUCCGAUCUUGCAGCCAAAUCCUUUCCAGGUAGCUGAUACGAACGAUGUUUCUUAUAGAUUCAGCUACUUUGACUUGGAAAUACUCAAUGAGCUCGGAGAUUCAACGAAAAACGUCCUGAUCUCACCAGCUAGCAUUAAGUCCAUUUUUGCCAUAUUGCUGGAAGGUGCGAAGGGACGCACAGCUACAGAAAUCAGUGAGGCACUUAGAAUAAAUAACAAUCAAGAAGGUUUUCAUGAAAUUCUGUACCAUUUGCUGAACGGACUGAAUAUGAAAACACCAGGGGUUACCGUGCAAAAUCGGAACGGCAUAUUCACAUCCAAUAAGGUGAAACUUGUUGACAGUUUCCGUGCAAAUUCGGAAAAAUUCUAUAAAACUGUGUUCAAAACCAUCGAUUUUACAAAUACCAAUAUCGCAGCUGGAACGAUAAACGGUUGGGUAUCAAAUGCCACCAAUGGAGUUAUCAACGAUUUCGUCGCUCCUGAUACUUUGAGACCUGAUACCAAAAUGUUAGUAACAAAUGCGCUCUACUUCAAAGGAAAGUGGAAAACUGCAUUUGAUCCUAAGAACACAUAUCAAAAGUGCUUCAGAACAGACAAUGGAUGUGUCACUACUUCAUUUAUGUCUGUUACUGAAUAUUAUAAUUAUAAUUAUGUCGUCUCCAUACAUGCCCAUGUAGUCGAAAUACCUUACGAGGACAACUUCUCGAUGCUGUUAAUAUUACCAUCAGAAGAAAGAAGUGUAAGAGCUGUGAUAAGAGACUUACAUCAUACCAACCUCCUAGAUAUAAUCAAUUAUUUGAAAUCAACCGAACUUAUACUCGAAAUUCCAAAAUUCAGUUUUGAAUACUCUACUGAUUUAGUGCCACAUCUCAGAGGACUAAAAAUUAGAGAAAUAUUCGGCCAGCAGGCAAACUUGAGCGGCAUUGUCCAAGAUGGCGGAGUGUUCGUGGACAAUGUCAUCCACAAAACAAAGAUAGAAGUAGAUGAAAAAGGAACCGUCGCGGCUGCCGCAACAGGAGCCGUUAUAGUACCUUUGAUUGGUACCUGGUCCUUCGUCGUAGAUAGACCUUUUAUAUUUUUCAUAUAUCAGAAACCCACGCCUAAUAGUAUAAAUAUAGCUUUUGAAGGCAUACUACAACAUCCUUAAAAUAGCUCAGAUAUAAAGCAUCAUUGAGAUGUAGAGUUAAAAGACAACUUUAUUUUUAUAUCCAUUUGAUACUGUUUUAUAGAAAGUUUGAUUUUAAAAUAAAUCCAUAAAACUUA